CACCGCUCAGGUGAAGACCACCCUACUUUCGCCCGCCUCACUGGAGAAUGGUGUGUCUGUGGUUCAUGCUUCUUGGUGGAGUCGGCCCUGGUGUGUGUUGCACUCUGACUCAGCACUGGUCGUGGGAGCCGUGGGAAGGCCUCAGGGGGACCCGGGAAGCCUAAAAAUGGACUCAGUGGUCUUUGAGGAUGUGACUGUGAACUUCACCCUGGAAGAGUGGGCUUUACUGGAUUUUUCACAGAAGAAACUCUACAGAGAUGUGAUGGGGGAAACCUUCAGGAACCUGGCCUCAGUAGGAACAACAUGGGAAGAUCAUGACAUUGAAGAUCAGUACAGAAACCAGGGGGGAAAACUAAGAAGUCAUAGGCAGAGAGACUCUGUGAAGGUAAAGAGGAUAGUCCUUGAGGAGAAAACGUAAACCUUAUUCCAAAUCACAAUCCGAAGAAGAAAACUCUUCCCAGAGUAAGACCAUGGGGACACAAAGUAUGUGGAAAAGACCUCAUGCUUCAUUCCUCCCAUAAUAAGUCCACCAGAAGUCACAUUGUACACAAGCCAUAUGAGUAUCAGGCAAAUGGAGAGAAUAAAUGCAAAGUAUGCGGGAAAGCCUUUAGUUACCUGCAGUGUUUUGAAAAACAUAAAAGAAAUCACAAUGGAGAAAAAAACCUAUAAAGGUAAGAAAUGUGGGAAAGCCUUCAUAUGGCUCAAAAACUUUGCAAAGGCACAGGCUAACACAUAGUGGGGGUGCCUCUUUAUAAGUGUAAAGACUGUGGGAAAACUUAUAGUUCUUCAGCUUCACUUCAGAUACAUGAAAGAACCUACACUGGGGAGAAAUCUUAUAAAUGUAAACAUUGUGGAAAAGCCUAUAGAUAUAAUCAGCCUUUCCAAACACAAAAGAGGACUCACACAAGAGAAAAAUUCUGUGAACAUAGAAAAUGUCGUAAAGCAUUCAGUUGUCCCAGUUCACUCUGGACACAUGAAAAGACUCAUACCAGAAAGAAACCUUAUGACUGUAAACAAUGUGGUAAAACCUUCAGAUAUUACCUCUCCUUCAAAACACAAAAGAGUUCACACUGGAGAGAAACCCUAUGAAUGUAAGUCAUCUGGUAAGACUUUCAGUUCUAACAUACGUUUCUAAAUACAUAAAAGAAAUCACAAUGGAGAAAAACCCUACCAAUGCAAAAAAUGUGGUAAAGCCUUCAGUUGUCUCAGUUCUUUUCGGAAACAUCAAAGAAUUCAUACUGGAGAAAAACCUUAUGAAUGUAAGGAAUAUGGAAAAGCCUUUAGAGCUCUUGCAAGCCUUCAUGUGCACAUAAUCACUCACACUAGAGUUGAACCUUAUAAAUGUAAGCAGUGUGGGAAAGUGUUGAGUUCCCCCAGUUCAUUUCAAAUACACCAGAGAAGUCACCCUGGGGAGACACCCUAUGAAUGUAAACAGUGUGGCAAAACCUUCAGGUAUUACCCCUCCUUUCAAAAACAUGAAAGAACCCACACUGGAGAGAAACCCUAUGAAUAUAGGAAAUGUAGAGGAACCUUUAGUUAUUCAACCUCACUUCGAAUUCAUGAAAGAACACACACUAGAGAGAAACUCUAUGAAUGUAACCAGUGUGGAAAAACCUGCAGAAAUUAUACUUCCUUAGAAACGCACAGAAGAAUUCAUAUUGGAGAGAAACCCUACGAAUGUAAACAAUGUGGAAAAGCCCUCAGAUGUUGUCAAAGUUUUCGAAGACAUGAGAGAAAUCACACUGGAGAAAAACCCUGAGUAUAAAAAAUGUCAUAAAGUGUUCAGGUGUCCCAGUUAUCUUCAAACACAUGGAAGAACUCACACUAGAAAAACCCUAUGAAUGUAAACAAUGUGAUAAAGCCUACAGAGGAUACAGUUCCUUACAAACACAUGAAAAGACUCACACAGGAGAGAAACCCUAUGAAUGUAAAGAAUGUGGGAAAGCCUUCAAUCAUCCCACUUCCUUCCGAAGGCAUGAAAGGACUCACCUCAUGGGGUAAAACCUUUUGACUGUAAAGAGUGUGGGAAAGACUUCAGUUGGUCUUCAUCGUUAAAUGUUA